AUGGCCAUUCCGCCCACAAAUCAGAUAGACGACAAACUCUCCUCCCUUUGGCACGCCGCAUGCACUGACUACGCCAAUGAAACCGGGACUAUGCUCGGCGAUGAGGAACUGCGCAGCCUCCGUGGCCCCGAAGACCUCUCGCGGCAGCUAGACAAUGAAAAGAACAAUUUCGAGGACUUUCGCGUGAAGCGACGCCCACUCCUUCAUGCGAUGCAGACUGUGCUCGCCCCCUUUGAGAGUUGGGGCGAUCUUAUCGCGGGCGCUGCGGCUGCGGCAUUCCCACCGGCGUCUUCGAUCAUGGGGGCGAUGUUGCUGCUUGUCCGUGGGGCAAGAAGAGUAAGCGAGGCGUUUGAUAUGAUUAUGGAUUUGUUUCGCAAGCUAGGCCAUUUUGCACUGCGGUUGGACUCGUACAAGGGCGUGCCCCUGAGUGAGGGGAUGAAGGUGAUUAUUGUCAAGGUCUUGGUGAACUUCCUGCGUGUCUGUGCCAUGUCACAAAAACUGUUGCGCAAAGGGUCUCUGAAAACUAGACUGUCAAAGUGGGUGAAGAAUGCGAUCAUGGAGGAUACGGAGGUUAGUUCGCUCCUAGGCGAGCUGGAGGAGCUGACGAGCCAAGAGCAUAUGAUGGUUUCGGCGCAUGGGCUGAAGAUCACCCAUCAGGCGCUCAGGAAUACGGAAGAGUUACUCGAGAGAGAUGAUCGCAGGCGCGAUCAGGAGAAAUUAGAGAAGGUAAAGGCUGCCCUACAACCAGUAUCCGCGUCGAGCCAGGUUUUCUCGUUCAUCAACGAGAAUCGUAUACCUGGGUCAGGGAGCUGGAUAGAGGACAUGCUUCGAACAUGGUGGCAAGGAACUCGGCCUCUUCUUUGGCUUCAUGGAGGUCCUGGAGUGGGCAAGUCACAUCUCGCAUCCAAAAUUAUCACGGGCCUUGCAAGUGGAGAGUUCUCUGGCCCUGCCCCUCUGGUGGCGUCUUUCUUCUGCAGGAACAACGACGUUGAUCUACGCUCUAUCAACAAGGCUUUGCGCACUUUGGCAUGGCAGGUUGCCACGCAGAGCCCAAGCUUCGCAACUCAGGUGGAGGAGUUCUGUUUGAAAGAAGACACUGAAAAUACCUAUAUCUUGUGGAGAAAGCUGCUGCUCGAACACCUCGCUGAGAUGCCAUCAGCAGAGACGUGCUUCGUCAUCGAUGGUCUCGAUGAGGCAGAGCCGGAGGAACUGGAUGUCCUUCUUAGCCUACUGGGGAAAACUUUCUCAGAAGGUGACCCGGAGACAAGGCCAACCUUACGAAUUGUACUGCUGAGCAGGGACUCGGUGCGCCCCGUGCUCGAAGGACAUUCACUGGACUGGAUUCCCGAUAUUGAAGUCGGCAAUAAUGAGAACAAGGAUGAUCUUCACGAAUAUGUCUCUGAAAAACUACGGACGACUAGAUUGUUUUGCUCGGCACCUGACCUACGAGAGGAGAUUGUCCAGGAGAUCAGCCGGGAAGCUGAAGGUCUCUGGGAAUGGGCCAAUCUGGUCAUUAAAGCUGUCCUGCGCUGUCGGACCAAGGAGCAGAUUCACAAAGUGAUCAAGACUACCCCGCGGGGAAUCAGCGCAAUGUUAAGCCAAGAGCUACAGCGCUUGAGCAGAGAGCUGUCACUGUCAGACGAAGCGUCCUAUGGUGAAUACUCCAGCGAGGAAACUGCGACGCAGAUUGACCAAUUGAAUGUCCUUCUCUCUUUCGUGACGCUCGCACAAAAGCCGUUGAAAGUGCAGCAGCUCGAUAUAAUCCUGCAGAUCAUCUUCAAAGAAGAAGUUUUGAACCUGGAGGAUGAUAUCCGCAGCUCAUACUCAUCACUCUUUCAAAUCCGACAUACCGUCAACGAAUAUAACUCCGAGGAGAAUGUUGUGAUCCUACGCCAUAGCUCAUUUUACGAGUAUUUCAGGACAUUGCGGAACCCCGGGCCGAUCCAUGUCAAUCUGGAACAAACUGAAGCCAACUUCCUAUACGUUAUCCUUCACACAUUCCGAGAGAUCCACAAGCCAAAGUGGGACAGAGCCAUCGAAGACAUGUACCUGCUCAGACCUUAUGCUGAUAAAUUCCUACCCUGGCAUUUGAUGCGCGCCAAUCCUGAAGCGGCAGGGAAGCGACGUGAAGAUAUUUCAACACUCUUUGAAAAUUUGUUCAUCGAAGAAGAAUAUAUGACCUGGUUAGUUGAGGUCGAACAAAUAAGGAACUAUGCCAAGUACUGCUUCUAUCCUUCGUCUCGUGUAUCGGACACCGGGGAGUUCUGGCUGUAUGCCGAAGAUCGGAUCACUGCAAAUAGGAGAGCAGAGUUGGUCCUGAACUGGCUUCUUCCAGAGACGAAACAACGAUUCAAAGACAAUGCUCGUUCGUCGGAAGAGGCAAGCGACAUAUGCCCGUUUACGGUGCUCUUCUCCUUCAUGGUGAGGAGCUGGUUCCGUCUUUGGCUAGCCCCAGAUGAACUCAAAGAGGGAGACGGCUGGCCUGCUGCCCUCCCACGUCUGUUGAAAUUAUAUGCAGCAAUGGCGGCCGUGGAUAAGGGAUCGGACGAAAACGACGAAAUCAAAAAACUCCUAGGAAUGACCUGGGGCAACACUGACGUGUCCGUAAUCAUGGACGCCGCUGAGUUACAUAAGUUUGAGCACACAGCGAUGUGGCAUGCCCGAGUCGCUCAGGCGUUACUCAUGGAAUACCACCAUCGAGAAGCGCGUGAUCAAUUUCACGUCAUACUUGACGAUACUAGAAUGUCUGAUACCCUUGCCAAGCAAGCCCUCUCUGUCGUGCAUAGGGACUUGGCUCGCGCAUGUACUGAGAUAGGGAGACACGAGGAGGCAUUGAACCAUAUAGAACUCGCUGAAUUAACAAGGCUGUCGAGAGACUAUGAUCGUUCGGACGAGUAUCGAGUGGGUCGAUUGCUGAACUUGGCGCAAAUGAAGUAUCGUGCAAAGCAAAGAGACAGUGCGAUCUCCACUGCAAAUGAAGCUUGGCAAGAGGAGCUGUCGAGAACGAAGGAUGAAUGGCGGUAUCCAGACAUUCUUUCGUUCUUCGAUAUUUUCCUAGAGCUGCAGCAGCUACAUCGUCUUGGGUCCGUUUUAGACUAUGCCGCCGAGCUGUUUGAAGAGACCAAUUCGGAAAGACCGAGGAACAUGAAUUUCGCAGACUACAUUUUUGAAAGCUUCACCCGACAACCGCACACCAUGUACAGGGUGUUUCAGAUUGUUUUGAAAGAGGACGAUGAGGAUCGCCUGGCUCAUCUUGAAACGGUUAUGAAGAGAAUCGAUACCGUACCUAAAGAGGAUCGUAACAUCGCUAACCUGAAAUAUCUAAUUGCAACUGUGCUAUUCGACAAAGGACAGUUAGGUCUGGGGGUUCAAGGCUGGUGUCAGGUUCUCACCAACGCCUAUCGUCCUGCUAGCACCACUUGGGAUGCCGAAAACGAUCGCGGGCGCUCACUGGCCCACCUGGUGGAAUUGUGCCUGAGCGACGCUGAUAUCCCUUUCUGUGAGAGUUUCCCGAUCAUGUUGGAGGCUUCGGCUGAGUCGGGCGAUGCCUGCUUGGUUAUAUCAAGCUGGCUUCGGAACCACGGGGAUCUCAACAAUGCCAGACAUUCUCUACGCGGUCGCGUUAAAGCAUGCGUUGCCUUAUUAUCAGACGAUGAUGCUACCAACGACGAGAACGCCUUCCUGGCUCUUUUCAAGACGUUUCUGGUCGAUCCCGGUAGCGAGGAAGAUCUUGGUGCAGCUUUAUAUUGGAUCAGGCAAGACAACGAGCGGUUAAUUGAGGGAUACUAUUACGGCGAGCAUGAUGCAGGGGAAUCGAAAGACGAGGCGGGGCUAUUGGACUCGCUGGGCAAAACGAACUUAAUAGACGACGGCGAAGACAUGAAUUCCACCGACAGUCUUCAUGCCUUGGACAUCUGGUUCACAUGCGAUCCGUUGACAAGGUGCUCGAUAUGCGCGCGGGAGAUAACAAGUAUCCAUGGCUGGUACUAUUGUCGCUCUUGCUCGUAUAAGACCUGCUGCGGAGAGUGCUCCGGCAAAUAUCGGGGGGUUACCGACAGCUCUGGUCUAUCCAAAUUUCCUGGUAUUUGCGAUGAUGAACAUGAUUUCUUCUAUACCGGUGGGCCUAUUCGAACGGCAGAGCGUGUUCCGGAAGGCAUGGUCCCGGCGGUAUCUUCAGAUGGGGAUAUGAAUGCCAUUUGGAUUGAGGACUGGAAGGAUGGGCUUGUGGAAAAGUGGGAGACUACGGAUUUCACCUUCGACGGGGGGUUGUCAGCUUGGUGCAUGCGUGUUUUGCCGGAGCCACAGAGGACACGUUGGGCUAAAAUGUUCAAAGUUUGA